UCAUCAUGUACUCUGUGUUCCACAUAUUAUGACAUUUUUUUCAAGUCAAAUUUAUUUGGAAAAAAAAAAUAAUAUCCAAACAAAACCAAUCUUUCCCUAAACUUAAGAACUUUUUACAAAAAUGACUGUUUUAGAUCACGUUCCGAAAAAAUAUUCUUUUCCAAGGGCCGUUUCUGAUUCUGAAAACGAAUUGCAAUUAGACGUAGAAAAUUCCACCGAUGGCGAAUCUAACAAUGAGGACUCAUCUACAAGUAAUAGAUUUAUAACUUAUCGAUUUCAAUUGAAACCUAAAAAAGGUGUGAAGGUAGAUGACAGUCCUGCUUUUCGAAAACAUGGUGGUAAAAGAAGAUUGAGAAGGUAUCAGAAUCGUAUUAUCUUGCAAACCCUAAAUGAGGAAGACAAUGAUAGUAAUAUAACAGAAGUAUUCGAAACAAAGAAAACUCCAUUGGCAAAACUCGCUGAAAAUCCUGAGGCUUUAAAAUACUGGAAUGAAUUCAUGGACAAAUCUGAAGAAGAGCAAAAUCGCAUAAUUGGACACUUCAAUUUAAGGAACCAGUUAAAAAGUCAGGAUAUAAAUAAAACAGAUAUACCCUUUAUGAGAAUAUCCUCUAAAAUUCGAAGAACCUUGAAAAUUAAAAAGAACUUGUCUGUUGAUAGUGUUAAAUUGUUUGAAGUUGACCUGUUAGAGUUUUUCAAGCAAUCACCACAAAAAAAAUAUGUGAAAUACCCUAUCACCAGUUUUGACAGAUUGCUCACUCAUGCUGUAGCACAAUAUCAUUGUCUACAUUCUAUCAGUGAAUGGGAAAAUGACAAAAGGAAAGUUGAAAUUUGCAAUUUGGAAGAUAAUUGGAUCCCUGCAGAAAAUUUUCUUCAUGAGCUUAUUUCUGAAUUGAAGAGCUAACCUUUUUUUAUUGAAUUUUUGUUACUUGAGUGUGGAGAUACAUCCUUUCAAUAUUGUAAAUAUGUUUAUGACAUCACUUUUUUUGUUAUUAGUUAGCAGUUAUGUCCUUUAGUGAUUGUGUAAAUUUUAAGAAUUGAAUUUUCUGCAUAAAGAUUGGAUAUUUUAAUCUGUAACCAGUAUAAAUUGCAAUGAUUAGAUUCACUGUAUAUAAGAAUAUGAUAUAUGUAAGUGGUUCUCUGACCAUGUAGGUUUUUUAUCAAAUAAACUUUCUAACAAACAAAAA